UAUAGACAUCAUGUGACUCCCAGACUCGGCUCCUACACCGCCAUACCGUACUGUUGAUCCCGUGAAUCCUCUAACCAAUUACAAAAUCAGUAGGAAAAAUAUCAAAUCUUUCCAUUGUGGGAUUGUUCAGAAUGCAAGUCUCUGUCAUGGGUUCUUCCUACUACUCUGUUUCCAUCCUGUUCUUUCUCCUCUGUUCCACCUCUGCCGCUACCUAUGAUGGGCCGUUGUACGAUCAUACAGCUUACACUGAGUGCCAGGCGACUCCGGAGAAGGCCCUAUACGGCGGAGGAAUUCUGGCCAACCAGCGUUCGGUUCAUUGGAAGGAUCGUGACGAUUCCGGCGUCGGAGAUGCCACGCCGGCUUUCAUUUUGAGCAAUCUCACACAAGGCACAUAUUACUCUUUCUCAGUAUGGGUGAAGGUGAAAGCUGCAUAUCCAACAACUGUAACUGCAAGCCUAAAGACAGACACCACGACAUACUACUGCGUCGGAAGUGUCUCCGCCCACAGGAAUUGCUGGUCGUUUCUCAAAGGCGGGUUCAUUCUCGAGGAGCCGUCAAUUUCCUCCAUUCUGUACCUCCAGGUACGUAACUCCGAAUUCAUCUACCAAAUUCUGUGAAAACUCCAAAGUUAAACGUGUUCAGAAGACAAGCAGUGCUAGGAUGAAUCACCUUUCAAAUCAUGGGUUCAUAUUUGACAGAGCCCAGCUCGCAAGAGCGUUGGUGUUUCAGUGGCGAGAGCUUCUUUGCAGCCGUUUAGUCCAGAGCAAUGGACGGCAAGCCAGCAGAACGUCAUAGACACUCAAAGGAAGCGAGCCGUGACGAUUCACGUCUCGGAUAGCCAGGGCAACAGGCUGCAAGGAGCUUCGGUCAAAAUUCAGCAACUCUCCAAAGAGUUCCCUUUCGGUUCCGCCAUCUCCAAGACCAUCAUCGGAAACCAGCCUUAUCAGAAAUGGUACCUGGAGAGGUUCAACGCGGUGGUGUUCGAGAACGAGCUGAAAUGGUAUGCGACGGAGCCACAGCAGGGCCAAGUGAACUACACUGUCCCGGACAAGAUGAUGGAAUUCGUGAGAGCCAACGGGCUAAUCGCCAGAGGCCACAAUAUCUUUUGGGAAGACCCCAAGUACACUCCGGCGUGGGUCAAGUCCCUCUCCGGCGCGGGCCUCCACGCCGCCGUCGAGUCCCGGAUCCGGAGCCUGAUGGACAAGUACAGGGAAGAAUUCGUGAACUGGGACGUCAGCAACGAGAUGCUCCACUUCGACUUCUACGAGAACAAGCUCGGCCGCGGCGCAACUCUGCAUUUCUUCCGAACCGCCCACGAGGCCGACCCGCUGGCCACACUGUUCAUGAACGACUUCAACGUCGUCGAGUCCUGCGUCGACUUGAAUUCCACCGUUGACGAGUACAUCGCCAGGAUGAGGGAGCUGCAGCGCGGCGGGGCGACGAUGGACGGGAUCGGGCUGGAGAGCCACUUCUCCAAGCCCAACCCGCCGCUGACCAGAGCGAUCCUCGACAAACUGGCUACCUUGAAGCUACCGAUUUGGCUCACCGAAGUCGAUGUUUCGAACAAAUUCGAUCACUCAACUCAGGCAAGGUAUUUGGAGAAAGUCCUGAGAGAAGGGUUUUCUCAUCCGGCGGUGGAUGGGAUAAUGAUGUGGACUGCGCUGGACUCCAACGGCUGCUACCAAAUGUGCCUGACGGACGGCAAUCUGAACAACUUGCCGGCGGGGGAUGUGGUGGACAAGUUGUUGAAAGAAUGGUACACCGGCGUGCAGACUGGGAGCUCCGAUCAGCAAGGGUCCUUUAGCUUUUAUGGGUUUCUGGGGGAGUACAGUGUGAAAGUCGAGUAUAGUGGAAGAACUGUGAAUUCGACUUUGUCCCUUAGCAAAGGGGAUGAAACUAAACAAUUAAGCAUUCGAGUAUAGUUCACUAAUUUAGUAAUUUACGAGGUUUUCUUCAGAGUAAUGACGUUUUGCUAGGUGCUUGUGUGGUUAAUUAUUGUAUUGAGUACAGGCAUAGUAUUUUCUAGAUUUGUCACUACUAAAUUCGGCAAAUCCUCCAAUACAUAUAUGGAGGUUCUGGCUUAGCACCUAUUUAAUUGAGUAUUUCCUGGCCUCCCCGCAAAGCAGGGAAGGACUGCCAAGUCUUUUU